AUGGCCUCGGAUACCGGCAAGUUCGAGCAUCUGCUCAAACCCUUGGAUCUGGGAGGCCUUCGUAUGAAGAACCGUGUGGUCAUGGUCUCGUUAACCCGGAAUCGGGACAAUGUACCGCGGGAGAAUCUUCAUGUGCCCUAUUACCGUGAAAGGGCAGGAACGGGGUUAAUUCUCUCAGAGGCUGCCUUGAUUUGUCCACAGGGUGUCGAGUGGACCUUCAUGCCGGGGAUCUACUCGGAUGAGCACAUCGAGGGCUGGGAAAAGGUCACUACCGCCGUGCACCAAGAGGGAGGACUAAUCUUUUGUCAGUUACAUCAUGUCGGUCGGGUAGCUCACCCGGGCACUCGAGUACAACGCGAGAUCGCAAAGCCUGUUCCUGGUCCAUCGGCAGUAGCUGCUCGGGGUGGAAAGUUCCGUAAUGUUCCCGGCGGCCCGGGGUACGUCCAGCCAACGCCAAUUGAAAAUCCUUGGGAGAUUGUCGAUCUCUAUGGGAACGCUGCGCGGCUUGCUCGGGAGGCAGGAUUUGACGGAGUGGAACUCCACAAUGCGAACGGAUAUCUUCCUAUGCAAUUUCUCGAGUCGCAUAGUAACCGUCGGACUGAUGAAUGGGGAGGUUCUAUUGAGAAGCGGAUGCGGUUCUCGUUGGCCGUUCUGGCGAGGGUGAAUGAGUAUUUCCCUUACCAUAGGAUUGGCAUAAAACUUGCCCCAUGUGGUGGCUACAAUGACAUGGGCGAGAUGGAUGCUCAGGGGAGACCGUCAGCAGACGCAGCCAAAGCAACCUACGGACCCUUCUGCGAGAAGCUCGAUACCCUGGGUUUGGCUUAUGUUCAGGUCAUGCGCUGGUGGAAGGCGUAUGACCUGAUGAUUGACGGGAUGUCACGGGGAGUAGAAUGGGAUGCCAUCUCGUACCUUCGACCAAUCCUGAAGAAUACUUUACUUUUCGGAAACACGGGAUUUACUCCUGCGGAGGCGGAUGAGUGGAUUAAAGUAGGGCGUGUGGACGCGGUGGUUAUCGGACGACCUUUGUUGUACAAUCCUGACUACGUCGAGAAGAUCCAAGCUGGCCAGGCGCAUUUGCUGUAUGAAGAGCAAGCCGGCGAUGAGUAUUGGUGGUAG